AUAUUAUUAAAUUUGUACUGUUUAAUGUGUCAUUUAUGUCGUAACAAGUAUUCUUUACAGUAACUUACCUAUUUUUAUACCAAAUCCGAGCGUAAAUGGCAAAAAAGAUAACUUUCUUGGAAUCGUACUUAGCUACAUCCAAAUAUAAUGAUAUUAUUUCGUACUUUAAAGACAAGCCUGCCGUUAGUACCGGCUCAAAAAAGAUGUGCUAGUUAUUCAUUUCCAGUCGGCGUCACACCAAAGCAUUUGAUAUGCUUCAAAUUUUGGACAUCAGAGAUGAUCAUGGAAAUCCUCAACAGUGCCAUAACUUUAAAAUCCUAUUACCCCAACACACAUCGUCAAAGACUAAACUUAUUGACAAAAGCUAAAGUGACUAUACUGCAGGAAGUAAACAAGCCGUUCCUUAGCAUGGCAGUAUCGAAGGCGGCCACGUUCCUGGGGGCUUCCGAUGUGCACGUUGUUGAUAAUAUUGUCUGGGAUCAAGAUUACGCGGGCAGGGUGUUCGCAUUGAUGUCGGACGUCAUAUUUGUGAGCACUUCAACUCAUAUGCAUGUUCAGCGAUUCGCAGAGCAAUCUACGGUACCUGUGCUGUGUAUGCACUCUCGCACGCACUCAUCGAUUCAGUCGCUCGCAACAGUGAUGGCGAUCUUUGAAGAAUUCGGUACAAUGAAAAAUAUGCAAGUCGGUUACAUAGGUCCACCACAUCAAGUCUUGAAUUCGUAUUUGCUGUUAUGUCCUAUGCUUGGUGCAAAUUUAAUUUAUAAAUGUUCUUGUGAUUUGCAGCCAAUAACACCGCUCCUCUACAAAAUUAGUGAAGACCUAUGUGAAAAAACUAAUACAAAAAUGGUAGUUACUACAAAAAAUGCAGAAGUGAUUAGAGGUAGUCAAGUCAUCAUUGCUGGUCCAACCACAAAGAAAAAAGAAAAACUUCAUCAUUUUAAGAUUAAAUAUAUGGAUUUAGAAAAAGCCAAGAAUCCCUGGAUCUUCUUCCAUUGUUGUCCAAGGGGACCAGAAAUUGAAGACUCUUUAUGGAAUCAUAAUCAAGCAAGAACUUACAAUGCAUUUGACAACUUUCAGUACAUUGCCGCCGCUUUGAUGACUAAUGUAAUAUUGGGAUAUAAUUUUUAAAUUAUUAAUGAAAUGACUGAAAAAUUUUAACAGAUGAUUAUUUAAUUAUGUACAUAAAUUAAAAGUAUGCUGUCAGUGUUUUGAAUUUUGUAACAAUGUUUAUGUUAUAUUGUUUAAUUAACAAAUACAUUUUAAUUGUACUUGUACAUUUGUGUAAUUUAAUUUGAAUGUGCAAAUAAAUUUUAUGACAUUGGAAUCUGUUAAUCAGCAAAAUUAACCAUAGGUACUCAAAUACAAUAUUGACAAUGAAGCGAUGAGACCUCUAAGUUUUUUAAUAAAUACUAAUUUAUAUACAAAUUUGUUCAUGGCAAUUAGAGCU